AUGCAAAAUAUACCGACAAUCCAGAGAGAAGAUCGGCAGGGCCCGCCGACUUCCAAGAGACCGAAGAUCAGUAUCGUAAGGGCGAGGGUGACGACCCUUUAUACCCACGUGCCGCAACCCUGGUGGAUCCUGGACUCGGCCGCCACCAGCCAUAUCUGCUGGGACCGGAGCUGCUUUAGCAGUCCGCGGCCCCACCGCGAGAUGUUGGACACGGCGGGCGAUCCGGUGGAAGCCGAAGGGAUUGGGACGGUGAAGCUCACACUCCGGAGGAAGUUCAACCAACCCCUGGUGUUAAAGAACGUGUACUUUGCGCCAUGCGUCGGGAUGAACCUGAUCAGCGUGCCGAAGUUAUUGCGAGACCGCUACUCGGUGGUGGCGUACCCGCAGAACGUCUUUGUGCAACGCCGAGUACGGACUGUGAGGACCGCCUACCACGCGGAGGAGGAUCUGUUGAUCCUGCGGUGCCAUUUGAGCAAAAUAUCCCAAGAGCGAGUCCAACUGGCGAGGGCGCCGGCGACCCAUGGCCAUGCAGAUUCCCUGGAGCCGCAGGCGGUGGCCAUGGACGUCGACGACCCUCGAAAGUCAAGUCGCGCAGAAUGCGCAGCGUCAACCUCUGAACUCGGUGGUGAAGCUGUGAUACAUCCCCUCAGCUAUUCUUUUCAAACUGCUAUUAAACAUCGUUAUCAGAUCAAAAAGGGCUUUGAAUUACCCUUGAACUACUCAUCCAAGUAG